AUGACAGGAAGAGUUGAAACCAGUAACCGAACCGCUCCAGUUAGCGUCAAAGCUAACGCUGCGGCACAACCAACGAAGAACAAAAUAAUCUAUGUCGUUUAUCUAAUUGCCGCUUUGGACCUAACCUGGAUGUUUUUACAGUUCUCCAUAACAACUUAUUUGGCAAAGAAACUGAGCUUUGACACCUUGUGGUUUGGUUAUUUGCAAACCACAGUGGGUCUGGUCCAGCUGUUUGGGCGUCCUUUGUUUGGAAGGUUUGCCGAUGUUUUUGGGGCCCGAGCAGCAUUUUCGUUGUCUUGCACUGCAACUAUAGUUUUCUUCGUUCUGUUGGCACUGGCAGACUCUCCUGCCAUGCUUUUUAUCCAUAAGCUCCCCACAGUCUUCAUGCAUGCCUUACCAGCUUCUCAGAUGGUCGUGGCAGACCUUUCCAAACCGGAAGAACGGGCAGAUUGUCUUUCCAAACUCGGUCUGUGUUUUGGCAUUGGAAUGAUAGCUGGCCCUACUUUAGGGGGGCAUCUGGUCACUCACUAUGGGGAGAGAUUUGCCGCAUAUUCCGGUGCAGCAGGGAGCGCAUUAAGUCUGUUGCUGGUGUUAAUCUUUAUCCCUGAAACCACCAAAGCUCAAGAUCCAAAAACCAAAUCAAAGUCUGAGACUAAAAGAGAGUCCAUAUUCAAUGUGGGACAGAUCACAAGACUCCUAAAGUAUCCAGGCGUGACGCCAACUUUUGCUGUGAAGAUUGUUGCAGGUUUGCCUUCAGGCAUUUUCCAAGUCAUGUUUUCUAUCAUUGCAAUGGAGUUUUUUAAGUUGACACCACAGGAAAAUGGCUACCUCAUGGCAUAUUUUGGAAUAACCCGGAUGGUGAUUCAGGGAGGGGUGAUCGGACGACUCACAGCAAGGUACUCUGAGAGUUCGCUGCUACUUCUGUCCAUCGGGAUUUCUGCUUUGGUAGGCCUGGCGCAGGCGUGCAUGCAGAAUGUGUUCCAGUUCUGCCUCACUGUGGUCCCCAUGAUGUUUUCUCUCUGCGUGUUUAAUGUCAUCACCGACAGUUUGCUCACCAAGAGCGUACCUUCCUCGGACACAGGCACCAUGUUGGGACUGUGUGCGUCUGUUCAGUCUCUACUUCGUACAGUUGGCCCGACCAUUGGCUGCUUUCUCUACGUAGGCUACGGCAUUUCCUCCAUCGGCCUUCUUCAGUUUACUGUGAAUGCUGCUGUAUUUGUGUACCAGCUGCAGCUUCGACUCGAGAACAAGAAAGACGAGCACAAACAAUAA